AUGGCUUUCCCUUUUCUCUAUUCCUGGUGGCAUUAUUCCGACGAAGGGCAGGUGGAGUCUAACCCCCGCAAGGAAAUCCCUUGCGAGGAGGAAGAGGAGGAGGAGGAAGAAAUUUGCUGGGUCAUAGGAGAGAUGUUGCUUUUUUACUGUUUGGCUAUCCUUGUUCUAAAACUCGGUUCCCUGGGGGCGAAGAGGUUUUUCCGGAGAAAACCUUGUGGAACUCUCUCUUGCAACUGGAAAGUCCAUUCGAAAGGCGGCCACGGAUGCAGCUGCCAAUGUCACUGCAAGAUCACCCUCUGCGGCCUGUUCAGGAAGAUCUUUGGGGGGAAAGGAACCGAAGAAACGGGGGACCCCCCAGCCUCGCCCCCCCUGAAGAAACGGCUGAAGAAGCGACUCUCCCUGCUCAGCCAGCAGACUUUCUGCGACAGCGACUCUUCCGCCACCGGCAGCCCCGAUUCCCAGUUAUCCUCCUGGAAGUGGAGCGAGACAGGCAACAGCGUCAGCCAGGCCAGCCGGAUGAAGAAGAAGCCACGUCCCAGGGACCCCGAGACCGCCUGGAUGAGGCAGCAGCCCUGCCUGCGUUGCAAAGCGAAACGGACGCGCGAGUGGCUGAUCCAACACUUCUACAACCCAGACUCCGCGUUGCAAAGCAAGAAAAACUGA